AUGGCUAGACUUGCAAACCGAGACUUUGAGAUCCUUGAAGCCUCAUGCCAAAGGUAUCUAGAAUGGAGAGUGGAUGCAAAAGCUUACCUAAAGUCACUUAGCCUCGACCACACCAUUGUCAAAGAUCCCAAAGAGUUAUGGGAUAACCUAAAGGAUAGAUUUGAGCAUUUGCAAAGAAUUAUCGCUCCAAGAGCCCAACAUGAACCGUCAGUACUCAGGUUUCAGGACUUUGCAUCAGUACACGAGUACAAUUCUGCAGUACUUCGCAUCACCUCACAGCUAAAGCUGUGUGGAGAACCUGUGUCUGAACGAGCCAUGAUUGAGAAAACCCUCUCCACUAUGCAUGCCAAUAAUGUUGUUCAGCAAGAACAAUAUCGUGAAAGGCGUUGCCAAAAGUUCCGCGACCUAAUUGCCAUCCUUUUGGUUGCAGAACAAUCAAAUCCUGCUCUCAAUUCAUAA